AUGGCUUCCCAACCAUCAGAGGUCUGCAACCUGCUGAAAGAAGGAGUAAUGCAUCUUGAGUUAGAAGGAGGCAAUAGACUUCUGCCUAAGUUCAAAAUCUCUUCUGAAAAAUAUGAAGAUUUAUGCAAACCAUGGAGAAAAUGUCUAAUCAUCAAAUUGCUGGGCAAAAACAUUGGCUUUCUAACGAUGAAAGACAAAUUGCGAAAUUCUUGGAAACUUGAGGGCGAUUUUGACUUAAUUGAUAUAUCUAACGGUUUUUUCUUGGUUAAUUUUGAUGUGGUUGCAGAUAGAGAGAAAGUGAUGCUUGGUGGGCCUUGGAUGAUUUUUGAUCACUACCUAAUCGUUCGACAGUGGGACCCAGAUUUCUCAGCCUUGGAAGCAAAAGUGAACAAGACACUUGUGUGGGUCAGAUUUCCAGGUCUUGGAAUGGUCUUUUAUAAUGAAAGUGUACUCCUCACCAUUGCUUCAGCUAUUGGUAAACCGGUCAAAGUUGACAGGAACACUCUAAAUAUGAACAGAGGGAGAUUUGCUCGGGUUUGCGUAGAGAUUGACUUGGACAUCCCAGUUGUUGGAAAAUUCAACUUGAAUGAUCAUUGGUACAAAGUGGAAUAUGAGGGUCUCCACAUUAUUUGUACACACUGCGGUUGCUAUGGACACUAUGCUAGGGACUGCACCACCAAGACAAAAGAUCUAAAUGAGAAACCUGAAGCCAAGGAAUAUGAAAAUAUAGCCACUCACAAGAACACAUCUGAGGAAAAUGACAGGAACAAAGGGGAAGGAGAACACAUGAUGGAUGAUACUUCAACAGAAAUCCCUCCUGUAGAGGAAGCACAUGGAGAAUGGUUGAUCGUUACAAGGAAGAAAAGAAUACCGACAUUCGAGAAAGACAAAACAUUCCUGGAAAAAUCGAAAAAAGUUUCACAAGGCCUAAAGCCUGAAAAAAGAACCCCUCAUGUAGCCUCCACUCCAAGAUUCACAUUUAAUAGCACUAGUAAAGCCACUGAUCCCAAGGUAUUGGAAGAAAAAGAAGGAUUGAGAUAUGCCAAGAAGUGCUCAAGAACCGAGGAAAAUGUACCGUUAACUUCAAAGGUGAUAUUUACCAAAGACUCCAUAAUGGCAUUAAGGGAUAAGGCUAUACCCAAGAAUCUGGAAGUCCUGAGUUCGAGAGACAAUGCGAAGUCUAGCCUAAAUAUCGUAUCGUUGGGUGGUCCUAGAUAUCUCCUGCGCAUGGAUGAUGAAGAAGGAAAGACGGAAGAAUUUGGUAGCCCUCUAAGUUCAGAUACCAUCUCCAAUGGAUCUCAUUCUGAACCUAACAUGGAUGUAUCCUUUGCACAAGAGUUGAACUCCCAUUUGGAGGGGAAAGACUCUAUACAACACUAG